UGUAGGCUAUACUGGACACAACGAUACUUUUGCAAAUAAGCAACACUUUUUCUCGGCUACAAUGCAUUGGAAACGUGAUUUGAAUGAAACUAUUGAUUGAAAUGUGAAAUUAAUGGGGCUUCUCUACGGGACGACGGGACUAAUGGGACUGGGACUGGGACACGAACUGGGACCUGCCUUCUCUUAGUGAAGUGUAGUAGUGGCUUCAGCUUGGCUUGAACACAUUUUUCCGUAUAUCGUCGAAGCCUCCCAGGCAGGAGGUGAAACUCACGCAGGUAUCGUAACUUUGGCGAUCGAAAAUGCUACUUCCUCCUUCACAAUUUGGUCUUCAUCUACUUUUUCCCAUCAGUCACUGGGAUUUUACAACGACAUUUUUUGAAGGAGGAGAAAAUUAACGCGCAAUUGUAUACAGUGAAGUAUAUACGCGCUUCGACAGACUCUUUUGCGACCAUCGUGUGUGCGCGUGCGGUCAGUCUUUGAAUCAGACGCAUAGGAGGAUGCUUCCCAACCGCAGCAGAAUAUUUGUGUCGCAGAUCAACUUCACUCAUCAGACAGUGUCUCUCAACUUCCCCGAGGAGAACGAUGAGACCAUGAGCGACGACUUCCUGCCCAGAUCGCUCGUGGAGCCUGACUGCGUGCUCAAGUCCGAAGCCAAGCCGAGCGAGAUUGAGGACGAGUGGACGCCCGGCGCCUACUGCGUCCCCGCGACGGGAUACAAACCCCCGCCACCGGUGCCACCCCGUGCCGCGCAAGCCAGGUUUCCACAGACGCCCUUCCCUAGUCAGGCGGUGGCUGGAACUAGUGCCGCAGACCAUUACCAGUGGGCGUGGGCGUACCCCAGCUACGCCAGCGGGCGCGAGGAGGGGGGGUACCAGCACCCGCACAGCAUGCCUUCCUCCCUGCCCUCAGAUGAGUACAGCAGCUACCCCGAUGAUGGCAGCCACCUGCAGGCCCGGUCCCAUUCUCUCCCAGGCAGAAACAGCCCCAGCCUGGCCAGCCUGGAGCAGCCGAGCUCCCUGCUUUCCAACCCGCCUCUGGCUGCCGCACACCCCCACCCCCACCCUCUCCCCUAUGGCUGUGUGCCCAUGGCCCCUGCCUGCUGUACACAGUAUACACCCCCAGGCCACCACCACAGGGGUCCCGGCCCUCUCCAUCAGCUCAGCCCCCAGCCUGCCUACCACAUGGCCUAUAAGCCCUCAGGUCCUGAGCAGCAUCACCCUGGGCAUGUCCGAACUAGUUCAUUGCAAAGUGAGUAUGUAGUUCCUCAACCCCAGCAUACCAGUCCCAGAGGAACCCAGUUAUCCAUGGAGCAGAGGAAGGUGUUUGUCACAUACGAGUCCGACAGUGAAGACCAUGUCAAAGAGAUCAUCAAGUUUGUUGCCCUGCUGAGACACAACGGCUUUGACACACAUAUCGACGUCUUUGAGCAGCAGCUGAACAGCAUCAGCAAGAUCGACUGCACAGAGAGGUACAUCCAAGAGAAAGAUUACCUGAUCAUCAUCGCCAUAAGCCCUAAGUACUUCGAGGUUGUGUCCGGAGACAGCAUGUUCGUGGAGAGAGACGAACGGACAUUAAACACCGUUUACAUCCACAAACAGCUCCAGAAUGAGUUCAUCCAAAAUGGCUGCAAGAACUUCAGGUUCAUCCCUGUUCUGUUCCCCGGGGCCAAAAAGAGCCAUGUUCCCACGUGGCUUCAGAACACACAUGUGUACAACUGGCCCAAGGAUCGGGACGAUAUCCUGCGGCGACUGAUGAGGGUGGAGAAGUACAACCCUCCGCCCAUCGGAGAGCUGCCCACCAUCGUCUCAAUCCCCAUUUAAACCUGCUGCCCUGGAAACGGAGUAGUGGCACAACUGCCUUUUAAGACAGGUCCGCCCUGUGUGUGUGUGUGUGUGUGUGUGUGUGUGUGUGUGUGUGUGUGUGUGUGUGUGUGUGUGUGUGUGUGUGUACGUGUGUGAGUGUACUGUAUGGAAUGUUGAUUUUGGCAUGACUUUGUUUGGUGCAGACUGUGAAGAUGGUUCUCUUUGAAAGAUGUUUUUGAAGUUGGGUCGGUUACCCAUUAUGGGAGUGACAGACAGGUAGUUCUUGUCUGUGUGUGGCACAGUGAUGACACCCAACAAAGCUCAGCUCGGUUAAGUUCCUUUCCUAGCCCUGAUCUCUUGGCCGGAUCUCAGCCAUAACUCAGCUGGAUCCAAACCGGUUCUCAGCCAGGUCUCAGCCAAAUCCACACCAGAUUUGAGCCAGAGGAUAAGCUCAUUGAUAAGUCACUCAGGUCAGAUGUAUUUAGACUAAGAACCAUCACACAACAUAGCUCUCAGGAGUGGACUAAGAGGUGCUGAAAAGGGAAACAUACCAUACUUUAAAAAGUGUUACAUAUCAAUAGAAUA